CAAUAAAAUCACAAGAAGAAGAAGAAUUGGGUGUGACAAAGGAGGAAGUCUGAGAUUCGACGAUUUCUCUGAUAAAAAGGACGACAAUCGACGCGGUUCCGUAGCCAUGGGUUCCUUGGUCGCUCUGUGUGUUCUGACUGUGGUCCUGGGAUUCGUUAAAACCGAGCUUCAAAACAAGGAGUUCGCUCUUGGCGGCACUUUAACGCUGAAGCCUGCGGCCUUGACGUCCUCGAUCAGCAGCAUAACAUGGAAGCAUAACGACAAUCUGUUAGCAGAGCAGCUCACCAGCGACUCGAAGCCGGACUACUACCCACAGAAUGAGGACAGAAUCAGCUUGAACUUUAAAACUGGAGAAUUAUCGAUAAUCAAGCUAACCGAGAAAGACGCUGGAAGAUACAAUGUUGAGAUCAACAAUGUUAUCCAAAAUGUCGGAUAUCAAGUAAAAAUCAUCAAACGAGUUCCUGUCCCAACGGUUGUGGUGCAACCUUUGGCGUGCAGCGAAACCACACCCAACUGUACGGUGGACUGUCAAGGAGAUGUUACCGGUGCCGGAACCGUCCGCUAUUUCUGGAAAGAAGACGACGGAGGCUGGAAAGAAUCAGCGAAGAAAAAGGAGAUAAAGAACGACGCGGACACUCAGAAGAUUAAAGAGUUCUUCUGCAAAGUCAAUAACUCUGUGAGUGAAGACAAAAGCCCGGCCACGAAAAACCCUUUCUACAAGGAGCCGAGCUCUUCUGUGGGCAAGGUGGCCGGGAUUGUCGUCGGAGUCAUCAUCAUCAUCAUCAUUAUCAUCAGUGGCCUCGCAGUUGCUUAUAAAAAGAGAUUUUUUCGAAGACAGGCUCAGAUCACCGAAAACACAAAUGGAACACCUCAUGGUGGGGUUGAUCAGCCGCUGGUUAAGAAGUCAGAAUCCAACUCUAAUCCUCCGGGUUCCGCCCCUAAACCCACCACUAAAAGUGACCCAACUCCGGCAACCAGCACUGAACCAUCUUCAAAAGUAUAAUACAUUACGAGAGUGUUGAGAAAUCAUCUGCAGGUUUUAAGGUGGACCUGCAACGUAACGAAUGCUGUUGAAUGUCUUUCUGCUCUUUGGGGGUUCCCGCCAGGCUAUCAUCUGUUGUCUUUGUGUCAGCUUCACGACUCGCCAUAUAGGCAGCAGAAAUGUGUUUUUAUGCAUGGAUUCUCUUCUGGGCCGUGCAAACAGACUGAUGACCUGUUCAAUGCGCUCCCAGACUUUCCAUAACAGUAGCGGGAAUAGGCUCCAACAACCCUGUGACCCCAAAUGGAUACAGCAGGGUCUGAAGAUGAAUGGAUGGAUUCAUGGCUUCACUUUGGCACUGAACUGGUAAUGACAGAGGGAAAAGACUCUGCAUCAUUCCUGUGGAUUCUGCAGCUCGUGGAAAGAUCCUCCUCUGACUGCCUUCUGUGGAUGCAUGAGUCGCAAGCCGUAUCCUGUGGAAAAAUCUGAGACUCAUAUUUGGACUUUUAGGGAGAAAAAGGUUCAAUCAACCACAUUAAGAGCAUGUAAAUGCGAUCUGUUAUCAACUUAGCUUGGCUUUUAUUAAUUCAAAAACCCAAAUUGGUUGGAUGAUUUCAGUUUCAUUUGAUUAAGCUUUUAGUCUAAAUGCACUGUUAAAUAUUAGAAAGUGACUCGAUUUUACUGCCGGUUUUCUUUUAUUUGUGCCUAAAUUUACAGGACACUCGUGUUUUUUUAUUCUUUUUGUCUAUUAGUAUUUAAAGUAUAUAAACUCUCUCUUAAUAAAUAUGAACUUCGUUUCGCCAA